AUGGGAUUUUCACCAAUCUCAUUUUUUGCACCCGUGGGGCCUCUUUCAGUGAAGUUGUCGAUUAUUCUUUUGCGAAAAACACAAUCGAUGGCUUUCACAGGUGUAGCAACUGGUGCCCUAACUUACAGCUUUAUCAAAACUUUGGAACAAGAACCAGAAUUAACUUAUGGACGCCUACUGAUUGCUAUGCGUGAGAGGGUAAGAAAAGCACCAGAACAAGUAGGCUUGAAAGGAUCCCAUGAAUCACAGGAACCUCAACUGUCUACUUCUCAAAUGUUUGACAUUCACUCAAAGCCCUUUACUAUAUGA